AUGGAAAAAACAUUUACGUUUCAUGUUCAUUUACCAAAAUAUGUCGAAAAAUAUGGAAUUCCUAUAGUUCUUGGUAAUGUAAAAGAAUUAGGACUUUGGAAAAAUCCCAUUGUACGACUUUCUCGACCAUUUCCUCAAAAUCCAACAUAUUGGCAAUCUAAUCCGAUUACUAUUUCGUUAUUAAAUUUUGGUAUUCAAUACAAAUUUGCUGUUUUUUUGACGCCCAUUUCUCCUGGGGAAACAAAAGUUGCAUUCGAAGGAUUCAGUAUUAAAGACAGUCGCACUUUGGAUAUUUUAAGAAAUGAACAAUUCGGUAUAUGGAAAAGUAAUGAAUUUCUUUUGUUAUCCAAUACUUUAGACGACUUUGCUUUCGUUGAUUGUAUUUAUAAUACAAUCACAGUUAAUAACCUUAAAGACAAAAUUAUGGAAUAUCAGCAUUUAUUAACUAUUUACAAUGAUUUUAUGAUUCGGGCGUCAAAUCUUGAAUUUAUUGUCAAUCGUAUUGAUGACAGUUCAAGAGAACAACGACUCUUCAUAUGUCUUCUCUUGGG